CACAGCCUUUGUAGUUCGUAUUGUCAUUGUACAAAACAGCUGAUUAGAGAUUGGUAGCCGAAUGUGCUUGGACAUGGCGAUAUGUUCUCGAAUAUAUUUUAAUGAAAAUUGAAUCAAAACAAAAAUGGAUGUGGUCGGCCUCCUGAAUAACAUCCAUGAUAAAACGGACAUGUUUGCUGUUAAAACAUGGACCUCCGAGUGGACGAACAGUUUUCAAGAUAAUCAAUUGCUGUGGUCGUUUUGUGGUUGCGUGAUAGUGUCGCUUCUCGUGGUAUUCUUCUAUUAUUACAAACGAUGUCGUUCAAAAGAGUUACUAGGAUGUGCGGGAACAGCAGCGACCGGAGAGCCGGCGAAACGAUUUCGAAAACGCGACAAAAUGCUCUUCUACGGGCGGCGAAUGUUGAGAAAAGUCAAAUCUAUAUCGAACUCUGGACAAGGUCGGAAACGACGCGCCGUCAUGAGGUUCGCGAGGAAACUGUUACAGCUCAAGAAGGAGUCGGCCCCUGAACAACUCAAGGUAUUAGAACCUCCAGCGGAAUAUCUAGAAGAAGAUUUGACAAGUGACGAUCGAGUACCGCCCGACGCGCUCUAUAUGCUACACAGUAUUCGAGUAUUUGGACACUUCGAGAAACCAGUCUUCCUAAUGCUCUGCAAACAUACUGAAAUACUUAAUCUGCCGGCUGGAUCAUUUCUGUUUAAAGUUGGCGAUACCGACGAAAACGUUUACGUCGUGCAAACGGGACGCGUUAACGUUUACAUAACGAAUCACGACGGCACCAGCCUCUCGCUGAAGAUUGUACGCGCCGGGGAGAGUGUGACUUCGCUGCUCAGCUUCACCGACGUCUUGACGGGUCAUUCUCAACCAUACAAAACUGUCAAUGCAAAAGCGUUAGAGGACUCGCAGGUGAUAAAGUUACCGAUGAGAGCUUUCCAGGAGGUCUUCAAAGAGUAUCCAGAUAUAUUCGUCAGAGUUAUACAGAUAAUCAUGGUGCGUUUACAAAGAGUAACAUUUACCGCGCUCCAUCAAUAUCUCGGGUUAAGUGCUGAACUGGUUAAUCCUGGUCGAGAUAAACGUCGUCCUACGACAAUGCCCUCUCCCGCAAAGACCAGUAAAGUUGUAGACAGUGGCACCACUAUGCACUCCCCUCACCACAGCGAACGAGCCGUUUCAGAACAUUUGCAGGAGGGUCAAGGGUCUUCACCCGUCCACAUUCAGGGCAGGAAGCCGAGACCGGACAUGGUUCCCGAUAUAACAUCUAACACCCCACAGAACACUCCACAGUUACAGCCCGAUGUCCAGCCAACAUCAUCAUUCCAAAGACCCAGAGAGGGUUCCUCGUUCAAGAAGCAUCAUACAGAUAAUAUGGAUGAACAGGCCUUAAUACAAAUAGCGACUGAAGCCUUCGUCAAGGAGCUGGGUCUAGAUAACGAUCAAAUACUCAAAGGAAAUGUCCAAGUAAGGGACCUGCCCGCCGGUACAUAUAUCAUGAAGGAAGAGAGCCAUAAGCUCUAUUACAGUGUGAAGGGUGAACCGGAAAUAGUUCAGGACGUGGCGCUCGUGUAUCUGCUAUCGGGUGCUUUGCUCGUAUCUCAGAAAGUCGCGGAGGGAGAGGGUGAAGUACAUAUGUUCACUGCGUAUCCGGGCGAAGUCGAAGGCGGUCUUGCAGUAUUGACUGGGGAGCCCAGCUUUUUCUCCAUCCGAGCGAAACAUUUCUCUCGUAUCGGUCUUCUGUCCAAGACUACGGUGUACAGCAUCAUGAGGGAGCGACCGUCGGUGGUGUUGCAUAUCGCGAACACAGUCGUGCGUCGUCUCUCGCCCUUUGUGAGACAAGUGGACUUCGCUUUGGAUUGGGUAUUCCUGGAAUCAGGACGAGCGGUGUACCGUCAAGACGAGGAGUCGGGGUCCACGUUCAUAGUGCUUAGCGGACGAUUGCGUUCCGUGAUAACUCAUCCCAACGGCAAAAAGGAACUUGUUGGUGAAUACGGCAAGGGAGAUUUAGUGGGCAUUGUUGAAAUGGUGACACAAACUCGUCGCAGUACAACAGUGAUGGCUGUCCGUGAUUCCGAACUAGCGAAGCUUCCAGAAGGUCUUUUCAACGCGAUUAAGCUGAGAUUCCCGGUGGUCGUCACGAGGCUCAUAAACUUGCUGGGACAUAGAAUCCUAGGCUCGUGGCAGAAGCCGACGGCGGGGCUGGGCGGCGCGGCGGCGAUGGAGUCGCGCGCGUCGCAGCACAACUUCUCCACCGUCGCCGUCGUGCCCGUCAGCGACGACGUGCCGCUCACCGCCUUCACCUACGAACUCUACCACUCGCUGUGCGCCAUAGGACCAACCGUACGUCUCACGUCGGACGUGAUAAGGAAACUCUUGGGUCUCACUAUAAUGGACCCCAACAACGAAUACCGUCUCAGUUCCUGGCUCGCUCAGCAGGAGGACAAACAUAAGGUGGCAUUGUAUCAGUGCGACCCGAGCCUCACGCAGUGGACCCAGCGUUGCAUUCGUCAAGCUGACUGCAUUUUGAUCGUCGCUUUGGGAGAUAAGCAGCCAAGCAUCGGAAAAAUCGAAAAAGAAAUCGAACGUCUAGCGAUUCGAACCCAGAAGGAGCUGGUGCUGCUGCACCGCGAGGGCGGCCCCAACCCCUCGGGCACCGUGCACUGGCUCAACAUGCGCACGUGGGUCAGCCAGCACCACCACGUGCGCUGUCCGCACCGCAUGUUCACCAGGAAGAGCCAGUAUCGGAUUAGCGAGCUGUACAGCAAGGUGCUGAUGUCGGAGGCCAGCGUGCACUCGGACUUCUCUCGGCUGGCGCGCUGGCUCACCGGCACCGCCGUGGGGCUCGUGCUCGGCGGGGGCGGCGCGCGCGGGGCCGCGCACGUCGGCAUGAUACGCGCCAUACAGGAAGCUGGCAUUCCUAUCGAUAUGGUGGGUGGAGUGAGCAUCGGAGCAUUCAUGGGAGCGCUGUGGUGUAUGGAACGUAAUAUCACAACUGUUACGCAGAAGGCUAGAGAAUGGUCGAAAAAAAUGACGCAAUGGGGUAAACAGCUCCUUGACCUUACGUAUCCCGCCACAUCCAUGUUCUCCGGGAAACAGUUCAACGCUACCAUUAAAACUACAUACGGCGAGGUCCACAUUGAGGAUCUGUGGUUACCGUACUUCACCGUGACCACUGACAUCAGUUCUAGCUGUAUGAGAGUCCAUCGGCACGGUUCUCUAUGGCGUUACAUUCGCGCUUCGAUGUCGCUGAGUGGGUACAUGCCCCCUCUCUGCGACCCAGUAGACGGCCACCUCCUAUUGGACGGCGGUUACGUCAACAACCUCCCAGCGGAUGUAAUGAGAUCUCUUGGUGCCAAACACAUCCUAGCUAUUGAUGUGGGUUCCCAAGACGAUACCGAUCUCACAAACUAUGGAGACGACCUGUCGGGCUGGUGGUUACUUUGGAAACGAUGGAAUCCAUUCACGACACCCGUUAAAGUUCCGAAUCUUCCCGACAUUCAGAGUAGACUCGCCUAUGUAUCUUGCAAUCGGCAGCUCGAGGAAGUGAAGAAAUCCGAUUACUGCGAAUACAUCCGGCCGCCGAUCGACGCGUACAAGACGCUCCAGUUCGGGUCGUUCGAUGAAAUCCGCGAGGUGGGCUACCGACACGGCUCCGCCUACUUCGAGGGGCAGCGGCGCGGGGGCGGCGGGGGCGUCAGCGGGGCCGCCGCCGAGGGCCGGCGCCACGACGCGCCGCCCGCGCUCACCGACUACACGUUCACGGACCUGGCGCAGAUGGUGUGCUCGGUGCGCACGGCGCGAGACGUCGACAACGAGUCGUCGUCGUCGUCCGACUACGACGACCAGCGACACUUCGAGGGGUACGCGUCCGAGCCCAGCGGGGGGCUCCUCGAGAUGUCGUCAAGCGUAGAGGACGGCGGUGCGUGGAUCAGCGACACGGAACUGGAGGGUUUGCGCACUCGUCGUGUAGGCGGAUCCCUCUCGCUAUCAGAGGACGAAAUGGACUCCGAAGCAGAGAUGUACGACCCCCUCAACAAACGUGGGGGAGGUAGAUGAGACCCGACCUUGCACGAUCUGUGCAAGGCGCUCUACAAAUACGUGCAAGAUGAGAAAGAGAGCGUUGAAUAGCUUUUUCGCUCGGCUGGAACUUUUAUAGUGACUAGUGUGUAUGAAUGACAUUUUACUGAAUGAAUAGUAUUGUACGACCUCUAUAAUGGAGCGUUCCCAUGGAAAUAGUUGGCAAUUUUUGUGUUUGUAACCAUUGUAAGUCUUCCGGAAGUCGGUAACAAUAAUAUAAAAUUACAAAUUAUUAAUUGUUUAUUGACAACUAAAUUACAGAAACGUAUGUCGUGAAUAAGUGUUAACAAAUCAAAGGUUGCCAAAUUUCCAUUGAUUAAAUGCAGCGCAAGGCGAGACAAACACGUGCAUAGCGUGAAAGAGAGAGCUGACUGGCUGUCUCGAAUGCGCGAUAUUAAAUGCAAUGAUAUUAAAUUGAUACUGACAAAACAAUGUAUCUUAAUUGGAUAAAGUUGAUGGUGAUCAUUAUUUAAAUUUAAAUAACUAAUUAUUCAAUUAGUUAUUUAAAUUAUAUGUAUUAUAAUUGGAGUAUUACGUAUGGAUUAUAAAGUUAAACCCUACGAAGGCAAGUUGUAUGUAGAAUAUUAAGUUCUUGGUUUGUAAAUUGAAAAAUAAAAAUAGUGGAUUUUUUUUGUAAUGGAAAGAAUUCCGGGAUAGAAAUAAAGACAUUUAUUUUUUUAUUUUAUUCCGUUUUCAUACACUUGUCUUCCAAAUUUCGCUUCAAACGUGAUUUUUGUAUGUAACCAAAAAUUCAAAGUAUUCGCUUACAUUUAAAACCAAUCGGGAAAGCCCACGACUGUGCAUAGUGUUUAAGGUUUAUAUUUAAAAAAAAAAAGUUAUUGAUGAUGUGUAGCCAAUUGGUGCACUUCAUAGUUGGCGAUUUCUGUGUUUCCAACACUGUUUCCAUUUUAUUGCGACAUAUCAAGUUGAUAACAUUUGUUAGCAAUAAAUUGCUAAAUUCACUUUUCAUAGAUAUUUAAUCUUAUAGAAAUUUAAAAUUGGACACAUGCAUUUUGAUAUUCUAUCGUAAUUAUCCUGUUAAACUAUAAUUAGUAAUAUUUUGUUAAACAUUUAAACGAUACACAAAUUAUAGUAAAUAUUAAAUAUAGUCUACACAUAAAACGCACAAGUAAAUAGAUUUAACACGCAGCAUCUCAACGCUUGUCUACAUAAGUCUUUCCAUACCUUUGUCAUACAUUAUAACUAAGAAUAUAUUUACUGAAGACUUUAGUGUAUGUGAGUUUGUCAUUUAGGAAGUCCUUAGAUACACAAACACUCAAAAAUAGCACGCUAAUAUCAAUAAAAUUAUUUCUCACUUAUAUUUGCAGCGGGUGUUUAGUUAAAUGCCGAUGUCUCUCUCUGUUAUCACCAAUUUGACAGACAAAAGAAGAAGACAGCAUUGUUUAACUAGUCACCCCCCAAACGUUAGGUAAAUACUUAGGUCAAAAGUAAUUUUGACUGGAAGGAAGGUUUGACUGUAACAGAAAAAAAAAAUUUGGAAUAUAUUAUAACCGUAAUUAAUGAAAUUAAAAUAUUCCAAAGAAUAUCUGUGAUUAGUUUCAAAGUUAAUCCGCUGUGAGUAGCUUUCAUUAUUCUAUUAAGUAUGUGUAACUUCGGUUAGUGUAAUAGUUAAUGUAUUACGCCAAAUUCGAUUAAUAUUUGAAAGUUGUUUGUUAAUAAAUGCAGCGUGGAAGUAUCCAAUUAUAUUCAUUAUUAGAUGGCAAUUUUCCAAAUAUCCUUAUAAUGAAAAAUAAUGACGUAAUUAGAUUCAAUAAGGUUACAACACAUUUAUGUCGUCGAACAUCGUCCAUAUUUUGGAUUGGAGUAAAAUUUACUGUAAUGUUCGAUGUUCAUGUAUCUUAAAUAAUCAAUCAUUAUUAUAAUUUAUCAAAUAGACAUCAUUUAGUACGUAGUGCCAUAUAUUAACGAUAGCAGCUUCUUCCUACCUUGUGUUUCAAACGAUGAUAUCGUACGCCGUAUUAUGUACUUAGUACGAAUUAACUUUAUAAGGCUUAAUAUAUGGAAUAUGAUUAGAUAAAUAUCUAAUAUCUGAUUGUUAGACCAGUUGUAUUAAUGUAAAAUCUUAAAGAUUCCUAGUAUAGUUAUGUACAACUUAAUAUUUGUAUGUAUGGGUAAAAUUUUGUAUGGAAAUUACCGAACGAAUAUCCGUAAGAUCGCCAACGAAGGCACAAAAAUGUAGCGAUUUAAAUACCAAAUGUAAUUCAAUGUAUUAUUUCAAUAAAUGCUCAAACAAUUUGA